AUGGCAGAUAUUUACGAACAAGUGCAGGCGUCACUUGACAGAUUGGAGGAGAAGAUGUGUUGCAGCUUCCAUGACCUAAUGCUUAGAACCAUUGAUCAGUAUGGGGGAGAGGUAAACUCAAUAUCUAAAAUCACGGCUCAUAUAGAUCCCAAUGAGAAUGACGAGACCUCCCUGAUUGACGCAGGAGCACUAACUCCUGGGAUAGAAACUGAACAUAUAGAAUACAAUAGAGGAGAUAUCUUAAGGAAUGACAUCCUACAGCAGUUUCACGUGGGUCCUGGCUCUUUGAGCGAUGAUGAAUGUCCUGACGCUCUCCCAGCACAUGAAAACUGUGACUAUGAUGAGGUUUGUGAAGAUACAUCUUGCCGAUACAAUGCAUAUGUCACUUGUCACCUCAACCGAUGUGGCACUUGUGAAGCAGUUUAUAGUGGAUAUGACAACAUUACCGUCAAUUGUAACCAAUUGACUCCAAAAUGCCGUCUAAUGCAUCUUGAAAUGCUUCACAAAAGUAGAAGUGGAAGGAGUCGACCUGGACGAGGCAAGAUGGAGGUGGACAACGUGUAUGAUCCAGAGUGCGAGGAGAAUGGAGCCUUCAAGGCCAAACAGUGUGAUGAUGACUCCAACCUUUGCUGGUGUGUGGACAGUGCGGGAGUGAGAGUCACUGAUAAAACUGGAGAUGACCCAAAAUGUGACAAACUUGUCAGUGUACACCUGAUUCAGAUUCACUUUAACUUCAAAGCAGAGUUUGCAUUCCUUAAAGGCAAAGAAGAGGACGUGCGCAGGAGUCUGGUCAAUAAAGUGUCUCACUUUCUCUUGAACACCCCUCAAAUCUUGAAAAUCGCUGUGCAUGAACUGACACAUGAAAUUACUAUGAAACUUUAUACCAAUGGAACCAAAGAACCAGUUGAUAUAGCUACAGCUGCUUAUUAUAUCGAGAGAGAUUUAAAGCAGAGUAAAUUUGCUGUUCUUCUUGAUGGGCGUAAUCUGGAGGUAGAUCAAGAUUCCAUCCGGGUUCUGUUCUUUGACAAUGAGCCACCCCGCAUUAAUAUGAAGACCAUAUCACCUGGAUUUGCAGCCAUAAUCAUAAUUAUUGCCCUUGCCAUUCUCACUGGCAUUGCAGUGUUUGUUGUUGUCCGAAGGAGAGCACAACAAGAACGCAUUCAGUUUGAAGUUAUUGAGGGUCAGGAAUUGACAGAUUAUCAUUUGGUUCAAAGAGAAGGUCUGCGGUAUUACUACUAUUAA